AUGGCCGAGGAGGCGGAGGAGGCUGAGAAGACCGAGGAGGCGGAGGAGGAGGCCGAGGAGGAGGCCGAGGAGGAGGCCGAGGAGGAGGCCGAGGAGGAGGCCGAGGAGGAGGCGAAUGGGGUGGCGGUCUAUGGGCCGUUCAACGAAGAGUACUUCUGGAAAGUUACGAAUGUCAGUGACAGCAGUGACGAAGCCCAGGGAGCCUUACGCCCCCGCUUAACCAGCAUCUCCAGCCCCAGCCUGAGUCCGACGCCCACGCCCACGCCCACGCCCAGCGAGACUCGGACUUCGUCGAGCACACGCAGCACGAGCUCGUCCUCGAGCGUCUCCUCCCAGAAAAGUUUUCCUAAGAUAUUCCAGACAUUUAGGAAAGACUCGUCAGAAAUAAGUUUAGAUAGGACAAUUAAUCCCAGUUCGUAUCCAGGAACCCCAAUGUCAGUCCAAACGGAAGAAAGUCAGCUUCAAGACUUGUCCAACGAAAAGAAGCCUGGAAUGAAAAAAUCCUCUACAAUGAAGAAAACUAAACCUGAAAAUAAAGCUGCUAAGUUAAGAGAAAAACAGAUAAUUAGUCCAGAAGAGCCAAAACUCAGUAUUUUAUGUGAGCUGGAGUUUAAGGAAGACUUCAUAACCCUGUUUGAGCCUUCUCUGAGAACGUUACCAAGCGUUGGGCCACCAUCCUUUCUGGCAUUCAAACGAGAGAAUUCCAACUUCGGCAUUGACUUCGAGGAAGAAGAGGAGGAGAUACUGCUCAAGUGUGAAUUCUGUGGGAGUGAUCUGAGAACAUUUCUUUCCAUAGUGGAUUUUUCUUGUGACAACAGUAGCUCUGAGCCAAUAGAACGUGUCCCCUGUUGUAGUUAUUUCCAAAAUCUGAUUGACUACAUCUAUGAAGAAAAACGAAAAAUCAAAAGCUCUAAAACUGAAUUAAUCUGUAUCAACCCUCAUGCAGCCUAUGGCAGUGAGGCUGACAGACUCAAAGCAAAGGAAACAGCCCUGCGGAGAAAACAGGAGCAAAAAAUGGCCAAACAUUUAGCAAUAAGAACAAAUGAAUUUAUUAAUGUCUCUGAGGAAGAGUCAAAACACUUUAAAACAAUUUCUUAUCAACUGUCUGUGGAUAUUCCAAAAGAAGAGAUAAUUGAAGAUAGACUAUUUGAUUUUCAACUAGACAAAAGAAACGUAUCCAUUGCCUGUUGUGAUUCUAGUACAGCAUGUGGAAAGAUCGUGAGAAACGAGCUCUUGGAGAAGCACUAUAAACAUGGGAGCAAGUUUCUGACUUCAUUUCCAGAUGGGACAACACAAAUAUUCUACCCAUCUGGAAACCUAGCCAUCAUCCGAGUGCCCAACAAGAAAAAUGGUUUCACUUGUAUAGUCCAAGAAGACAUGCCCACUAACCCUGCUAUCCUGGCAGUGCUGGAUUCUUCUGGCAGAAGUUCCUGCUAUCAUCCCAAUGGAAAUGUUUGGGUAUAUAUCAAUAUCUUGGGAGGCCAAUAUUCAGAUCCAGCUGGCAACAGAGUAAGGGUUUGGAAUUGGUCAAGUUGUGUUGCUUCCUCACCCUUUGUUUCAUUUAAACCUGUCUUUCUGGCUUUGAACCAUUAUGUUGGAGUUCGCAUCUUGGAACAAGACAAGAUUUCAAUCACUUUCCUAGCAAUGGGCCAACAGGCAAGAAUCAGUGUUGGAGCCAAAGUGAAGCUAAUGAACCCUGAGGAGAUUCCAGUUUUCCACUACGUGAAUGGGGAUGACCUUCUUCUGCUGGCCAGUUUAAUAAAGAUUCGACGCCUAUUUCAUAAACUUCAAGGAUGUGUGAAUUUCCCUUCCGGCCAGGUUUGGGAAAAAUUUAAGCAACCGUCCUAUCUUUCUUCACUUUCUGUAAAACUAAUGGCCCUUUGUCACAAUUCUGGUGUAAAGCAAGAUACAGUAACAGCAAUAGCAGCUAUAAUAAAUGAAAAAAUUUAA